AUGAGCAGUGAUGGCGUGAACAAGAUAGAAUUCUGCCCUUCCUCGGAUGACAACGAUGAUCCAUUGGCCGAUACUCCGCCAGAAGAGGACGAAGGGGCCAACGAUCCCCUCCGUGCUGAGUGGAUGCGAGCAGUUGACGCUGCUAAGCAUGGGAUGAGGACGGAACGGAUGGUCGUAUCAAUUCCGUCGACCGAGGCGGCUACACUACACUGA